AUAAAAAAAGCGCGCAUUGCAAGAACAAACGCCGCAACAUUUAUAAUUUUUAACAAAAUUCAAUUUUGAUGAACAAAUAAGAUAACAUGGCACUCUGGGUAGACAAAUACCGACCCCGUGAAUUAUCCAAAUUGGAUUACCACAAAGAUCAGGCGGAAAAUCUGCGUAAUCUUUGUAAGCAGAGCGAUUUUCCACAUCUCAUGUUCUACGGUCCUUCUGGAGCUGGGAAGAAGACACGCAUUAUGUGCCUGCUGCGUGAGAUGUAUGGCGUUGGCGUUGAAAGACUGCGCAACGAGACAAUGGGAUUCACAACGCCAUCGAAUCGGAAGAUCGAGGUGAUGACUGUCAGCAGUAAUUACCAUUUGGAGGUGAAUCCCUCAGACGCCGGCAUGUACGAUCGGACUGUUGUUAUAGACCUGAUCAAGCAGGUGGCACAGACCCAUCAAAUCGACAUCAAUGGUCAGCGGGAAUUCAAGGUGAUUGUUAUUUCCGAAGGCGAUGAGCUGACCAAGGAUGCCCAACACGCACUACGUCGCACCAUGGAAAAAUACGUAGCUACCUGUCGCAUUAUUUUGUCCGUAAAUUCCACAUCUCGCAUCAUUCCGGCUAUUCGAUCACGUUGCCUCGGGAUACGUGUGGCUGCGCCCAGCGAAUCCGAAAUGACAGCUGUACUGCAAGCCACGUGCAAGCGUGAGGGUCUCGUGUUGCCGCCCGAGCUGGCCAAACGGGUGGUGGAUAAAUCCGAGAGGAACUUACGCCGUGCCUUGCUCAUGCUGGAGGCAUCUAAAGUCCAGCAAUAUCCGUUCACGGCACAACAGGAAAUCGCCGAUCUGGACUGGCAAGUUUAUCUGCGUGAAACGGCAAAUCAGAUUGUGAGCGAACAAACUCCCGCCAAGCUUGAAAAGAUACGCGAUCGUUUGUAUGAACUGCUCUCGCAAGGAGUGCCACCAAAUCUCAUCUUCCGUGGCCUUGUGGAGCAUCUGGUCAACAAUUGUGAUAUGUCCAUCAAGGCAAAGACAUUGGAAUAUGCCACACAAUAUGAGCAUCGCAUGCAAAACGGCGCAAAGCAUAUAUUUCACUUGGAAGCGUUCGUGGCACAAUUUAUGAAUAUCUACAAGAAGUUCCUGGCCGAACUGGUAAUGACAGAUGAUUUCUAAAUUAAUAUUAAUUGUAUGUUUUAUUAUUAUUAUUAAACGAGCUGAAUAAAUGCAUGAGUGCUCAACCGAAAA